UCCCCUCGAAUCGGUUGUUGUCGCUCUUCCUAAUCGAGUUUAAUGUUACGACAAUCGAUCUUCCUCGAACGAAACGGUACGAGCCAGUUUUUACACAGGUCGCCGUGCUACUCUUUGGUUUACGCGGUUGCGUUUUGGUAACGGUUGUCGUUGUACAUGCAGUGUCGCGUAUCACUUGUACGGAUGUAUCGCACGGUGAAAUGGUCGGUCGAUGCGAAGGGCGUUGGAGCGUCUGUUUGCACGCUGUUCAAUGAUUUGAAUGUUCGAAGCUGUGCUUAAUAGCGUGUGGUUCGAAGCAAUCAGAGUUUCGCAGUGAGAAACUUAAAUCCAACAAAAAUUUGUAUUCAUGUUCGUUGGUAGCGUGGGGUGACACACGUGAUCGCAUUUGGAUUACCAAUAUCGUGGAUUCGCUUUCGACAUGUAUGGCUGCACGGUGGAAGGAUGCCUCGAACGAGGGCUGAGAUCUUGUUGGAUAUGUAUGGGCAUGCCGAAGGAGGAAUUUCUCGAGCAUAUCAGAUAUGCGUGGUUGGAAUGGCAGAAAAGUUACGCGAGGCGGCCGCACGUGGCGACGUAGCGCGGGUUGCUCGUCUCCUCGACGAGGAUAUUAAACCAUUGCCGGAUGAGAACGGCAGGACUCCUUUGAUAUUGGCUGCCGCAGCAGGCCACGUGGACGUCUGUGAAACUUUGCUCCUUCGAGAGGUCGACGUGAACACUGCAGACAACACUGGAGUCACACCUUUGCAGAGAGCUGCUUCAGAGGGUCAUCUGGAGACAGUGGAACUGUUGUUAAAGCAUAGCGCGGACGUGGCACGGCAAGAUUCCGUGCAUGGAAAUUCAGCAUUGCAUGAAGCGUCCUGGCGCGGAUAUAGCAGGACGGUGGCCGCUCUGGCGAAGGCUCUUGGGACUCAGCGAGCACCCCUACAUGCGAGGAAUCUGGCCGGAUUUGCGCCGCUCCACCUUGCCUGCCAAAACGGCCACAACCAAAGCUGCCGCGAGCUCCUGCUGGCGGGUUGCAAUCCGGACCUUCAAAACAACUAUGGAGAUACGCCGUUGCAUACAUCAGCAAGGUAUGGACACGCCGGGGUGACGAGGAUCCUAAUCUCUGCACUCUGUCGAGUAUCCGAUCAAAACAAGAACGGUGACACCGCGCUGCAUAUCGCGGCUGCAAUGGGACGUCGAAAGCUGACGAGGAUCCUGCUGGAGGCCGGCUGCGACCGUAGCCUACGGAACAAGCAGGGAGAGACCGCGAAGGACAUCGCGCGGCGCAAGAACCUCGCCGAGAUAUUGGAGAUAAUCGGUAAAGCGCGAAGCAAGAGCAGGACGCGGAGCAAGAGCCGCGAGGAGGAGGCACGGCCGGCGACUCCGGACAAGGUCGACGGGAAGACCGCCGGCAAGAACGAGAAGAAACGAGAGAAGACCGGUAGCGGCACCAGCGGCAGCAGGGACAGUUGCACGAAGAAGGAGAAAAAGAAGCACAAAUCGUCCGGCAAGCAGAACAAGGUCCACUUCGAGAAAGCGGUGAUGGGUAGACAGUGGUCGCCGUAUGGCUGCCACUACUACCCCGAUCCGGAAGCGUUUCCUCAGCCGCGGCUGGACUCCCUGCCGCCGGACCCGUUGGGUCGCGGAGAACAGUAUUACCUGGAUCUAGCUGGGAACAUCAGAAAGGGUCCCAUAGGCGUGGGAUACACUUGUUAUUGCGCGCCGUUCUUCCGACAUAUGGAAGCGAAACUGGAAAGGGACAAGGCGGAAUUGAAAGCUCAUAUAGAUCAAGCUCACGAGAGGCUAGAUUUGAAGGUGGCGAAUUUGGAGAGGAGGACCAGGGGACAGAUAUCGGAAUUGACGAGGUGCGUCGCUGCCGAGAGGUCCAGGUGCGAUGAAAGGCACAUACAUCUCCAGCAGCGUCUCUCGAGAGGCGGAAGGGGGAGGCACAGCGAGAGGCCGAGUAAAAAUACGUUCGGCAAUGAUCAGUUACCGCCGGCUCGAGCCAGAUCCUUGGAGGAUCUUCUGGACGACAGACCUCAUGAUAGGAGCUUUGAGAUUCCGGGCGAGACACCGAUUCAUCGAGGUAGUCUGGACGAUCUUGAUAUCCCGGCUAUACCGCGACUCAGCAAGUCCAUGAGGGACCUUCCGUCCGGUUCUGGUGUCUCGAGGUCGACGCUCAGGGUGCUGGACGUACCUGCGAGAUUGAACGAGACGUUCGACGGGGUGAUCAAGCAGGAUCGCAGCUCGCCGCUCGGGGCCGCCUCCUCGCCGUCGAUCGGGUCCAGGCAACAGGUCCAUCAGCAACGCGAUUCUUUAUCGCGAGAUCAUGGCAUAAAUUCGUGCCAAGACCAAAGUAGCGCGACGCUUAAGAACGAGGACAUCUCGAAUGAAUGGAAAUCGUCGGGGCGGCGUAGCGUUCACGAAAUGAUCAAGAGGUUUCAACAAGUACCUGGCAUGCAUAACGGUUGGAGGACCGCUCCCCGUUCCGGAAGCAGCGAGCCCACCAGCCCGGAGAAUAGUCAAUGUUCACAGAAUCAAAGGGUGCAACCGCAGGGUGGCGUAGGGAACAGUUGGCGAGGAGAAGGUAACGACAGCGAAAGCAGCGAGGGGGAUGACGACGAGCAGCCGGAAGCAUUAAACGGGGGGAUCUCCGGAAAAGGAGUUAUAUCAGAGCGCGUACAUUACGACAGCAUCGCCAGGAUGCCAUAUAGGUCCCGUAACGCGGUUUAUAGCCCAACGCCGCCUUUGCAUGACGCACACAACGAUUCUGGUUACAGUACUCGAAUGUACGGCUCUAGCAAAGGUGCUUCACCUUCGUUAUCAGGUCAAUUAGAGUGCGACGUAAUUCUUCCGACUUCGCCAAACGCGUUCCCAAAUGGGGAACAACUGGCUGCGCUGUUGGAACAGCCUCGAAACCACGACCUCACGGUCUACGAACGUGGUGCCGACAAUUGCGUCAUUAACAUCGGAACCGCGAGUCUCGUUUAACACGUUCCGCAAAAGCGAUUUCUCGUGUACUUCCAAAGACGUCGACGUCUCGCAUAAGUUAACGAUAUACCUACUCCGGUGUUCAUACGACUGUUUCGAAAUGAUGUGUAUAAAUUUCAAUGUACAAAAUAAUUUUCGUUUAUCGUUUUGUA